AUGGCCAACGACUGGGUUGAUGGGGACCGGCAAAGGUAUGGCAGUAAUGCCAUUAUAGGCACGGCUGUUGCUAUUGCUAUCCUGCAAAUCUUCUUCGUUGUAGCCCGGCUUGUUACUCGGUGUAUGCAGCGGAUGAAACUUCGCAUUGAUGACUAUCUGGUCUUACUCUCUCUGGUUGCAAGUCUAGCGAAAUCAACUAUCUAUAUUCUGUUGGUGACUAUCGGUGGAAUGGGAUAUCACUAUGCUUUCGUAUCCCACUUACCCGACAAAACUCUGUUCACGUUGAAAGGCAUAUUCGCUAUUGAACUUCUCGAUUACCCAUUCACCACCACCCCAGCCAAAUUAGCCCUGCUCAUCUUCUAUGUGCGCAUUUUCACGGUUCGGAAAUUUCAAGUAUGCGCCUAUAUAGUCGGUGCUUUGGUCCUCAGUGUAGGACUUACAACAUUCAUCAACGCUUUCUUCGAAUGUCGGUACGCAACCAUUUUAGGAACCACGCGCAUCACCAACGGGGCAUGUAUUCAUGGACCACUUGCCUUUCAUGUUCUCUCGCCGUUAAAUUCCUUGACGGGUGUGCUGAUUCUGGUGUUGCCUAUCCCGUCAGUUUGGAACCUACACGCGCCCCGAGGACAGAAGAUAGCACUGACGGGUAUUUUUCUGCUGAGUGGAAUCGGUGCUAUUGCCAGCAUUCUCCGGAUGACUGUAUACUUUGCCGACUACUCGGAAGCCAUCCAUGACCCGACAUGGAUCUCAAUCAAAGGGUCUGUUUUGGCUGUCAUCGAAGGAGGGGUCGCUCUCAUUGCCGCUUGUCUCAUGAGUAUCUGGCCUCUGUUUACCAGACUCAUGCCGCGCCGUGUUCAGGUCUCUCUUUCCCGCCAUAGCCCGUGUCGUGGUCCGCGCGACCAUCACGAGUAUUGGUAUUAUUCGGAUCUUCCGAACGAUCAAGGUCGGCAGGAGAUUGCUCAUUGGAGGGAGCUUCAUGGGGAGGAGGGAAAUUCCACUAGGUCUUCGUCUUCCCCUUCCUCGUUGGCUGACCUGGAGGAUUUGCGGUUGUCAAUUCUUGUGGACGACAAGGAGAUUGAUAUCGCUGAAAAUGGUGUGCGGUUUUCAUAA